UUCUUUACCCCCGCGCCCCCCCCGUCUACCCGGCUCCCGGCUUUGGUCCGGGCCAAGAUGGCGAAGCUGCUGAGCUGUGUGCUGGGGCCGCGGCUGUACCGGGUCUAUCGAGAUCGGGGGCCGGCCAGGCCUCCCCGGGAUGGGGACGAGGCAGCCGAGGGGACCCAGGAUGGUUCUUGGCAGGAGUCGUACUACCAGCCACGGACACUGGAGAAGCAUGCUGACAGCAUCUUGGCCUUGGCGUCGGUGCUCUGGUCUAUUUCCUAUUACACUUCCCCCCUGGCUAUGUUCUACUUGUACCGAAAAGGAUACCUGACUAUGUCGAAGGUGGUUCCUUUCUCUCACUACGCUGGGACCAUGCUGCUCCUUUUGGCCGGGGUCGCCUGCCUGAGAGGCAUCGGGCGCUGGGCCAACCCCCAGUACAUCCAGUUCAUCACCAUCCUGGAAGAUAGCCACCGCAUCGGCACCCCAGAAAUCAAGAAGAAACUCGCCAGCUACAACUUCGACUUUCGGAGCUGGCCCGUGGACUUCCGCUGGGACAAGGUCGCUAGCCGGUCGGACUCCCGGGGCGUCUCGCUGCUGCGGCCGGAGCCCAAACACCGGAGCGCGGCCAACGGCUUCCUCCAUGCCAUCAAGAAGCUGCCCUGCCAGAUCGCCAGCUACAUCGUGGCGCACACCUUCGGGCGCAGGAUGCUGUAUCCGGGCUCCGUCUACCUGCUGCAGAAAGCCGUCAUGCCCAUGCUGCUGCAGGGCCAGGCCCGCCUGGUGGAGGAGUACAACGGGAAACGAGCCAAGCUGUUAGCCUGUGACGGCAACGAGAUUGACACGAUGUUCGUGGACCGUCGGGAAAGCUCCGAGCCCCACGGCAAGAAACUGGUGAUCUGUUGUGAAGGCAAUGCUGGAUUCUAUGAGGUUGGCUGCCUGCCUACCCCCCUGGAUGCCGGCUACUCGGUGCUCGGAUGGAACCACCCCGGCUUCGCUGGCAGCACGGGCAUCCCCCUGCCACAGAACGAGGCCAACGCCAUGGAUGUGGUGAUGCAAUACGCCAUCCACCAGCUGGGCUUCCUGCCUGAGGACAUCGUGGUGUACGCCUGGUCCAUCGGGGGCUUCACAGCCACGUGGGCGGCCAUGUCAUACCCAGACAUCAGCGCCCUGGUGCUGGACGCCUCCUUUGACGACCUGGUCCCCCUGGCACUCAAGGUCAUGCCAGAGAGCUGCAGAGGGCUGGUCACCAGGACGGUGAGGCAAUACUUGAACCUGAACAACGGCGAGCAGCUUUGCAGAUACCAGGGGCCCGUGUUGCUGGUCAGAAGAACAAAGGAUGAAAUUAUCACAACCACAGUCCCGGAAGAUAUUAUGUCAAACAGGGGGAAUGACCUGCUGCUGAAACUCCUCCAGCACCGGUACCCCAAGGUGAUGGCCGAGGAGGGGGUGCGAGUCGUUCGGGAAUGGCUAGAGGCUUCUAAUGCUGUGGAGGAAGCCUCCGUGUACAGCUCCUACGAGGUGGAUGAGGACUGGUGCCUGUCCGUGCUGAACUCCUACCAGGUCGAGCACGGCCGCCGCUUCCCAUGGAGCAUGGGGGAGGACAUGAUGCCCGAGGGGCGACGGCAGCUGGCCCUGUUCCUGGCCCGGAAGCACCUGCAGAACUUCGAGGCGACACACUGCACCCCACUGCCCCCCCCAGCCUUCCGUUUGCCCUGGCACUUGUAGCCAGGGGGCCCCCCCAUCAUGCCCAUCAAUUGCACUGACACCCCCUUCCCCCGUUGGUCUGUUUUAUAUGGAGCCGGGUGCCCCCCUCCCUGCUGUGUGUGAGCCCCCCCCCCCCGCACGCUGUAAAUCCGCCCCACCCCCAAACCUGGGGGCCCCCCGAGCUGGAGAAACUAACAGUAAAGAAGGUAUUUUUUGUA